GGUCGUCCAUUACCGUUUGAGCUCAGUCUGUAGAGAGGAGCACCACGUCUUACUGCUGCACUUUAUCAUUUCAUUCCAGAAUUCUGGUCUAAUGGACACACUCUUUGUAAAUGCUUUUUAAGAUAAACCACUUCAGGAAAGUACACACUGGCUACUCUGCAGGCCGCGGCCUCGAGUCUUAUCUGAAAGGAUUCAACUUUACCGGCGAGCCUCCCUGGCUACCCUUAACCUGAUUAAAGCCUCAACGGAUUAAAUCUCCUUAGUAUCCAAGGUGUUUUUGUGACUCCUUUUAUCCCCCCUGUGACGAUGAAAACUCUGUGUCCGGCCGAGUUCAACCUGUCCUUUUUGGAGGAAGGCUUUACCGCCAGAGACAGCGUUGACCAGACGAUCAUCGAGUCCUCCACCGGUGACGACCGUGAUGCCUUCUACGUGUGUGACCUGGGUGACGUGGUGAAGAAGCACCUGCGCUGGGCACGGGCUCUUCCACGGGUCACUCCGUUCUAUGCCGUCAAAUGCAACAACAGCAUUUCAGUGGUGCGAACCCUGGCCUCCCUGGGUGGCUUUGACUGCGCCAGCAAGGCGGAGAUUCAACAGAUCGAGUCACUGGGUGUGGCGCCGAGCAGAAUCAUCUACGCCAACCCUUGCAAGCAGGCUUCCCAGAUCAAGUAUGCCUCCGCCCACGGCGUCCAGAAGAUGACCUUUGAUAGCGAAGUGGAACUCCUGAAGGUGGCACGCUGCCAUGAAAACGCAAAGCUGGUGCUGCGUAUCGCCACAGACGACUCCAACUCGGUGUCCCUGAGUGUGAAGUUUGGGGCCACCCUCAAGGGCUGCCGGGGUCUGCUGCAGCGGGCCAAGGAGCUCAGCCUGGACGUCAUAGGGGUCAGCUUCCACGUGGGCAGCAUGUGCAGGGAUCCCGCGACGUACACCCAGGCCAUCUCCGACGCCCGCUGUGUGUUCGAUAUGGCCGAGGAGUUUGGCUACAAGAUGAGCCUGCUGGACAUUGGUGGAGGGUUCCCCGGCUCUGAGGAUGUCAAACUCAAAUUUGAAGAGAUCACAGCAGUAAUCAACCCAGCCCUGGAUAAGUAUUUCCCUGCUGAUGGUGGAGUCCGGAUCAUCGCCGAGCCGGGUCGCUACUACGUUGCGUCUGCCUACACGCUGGCGGUCAACAUCAUAGCCAAGAAGGUCAUCGUGAAGGAGCAGUCUCCCUCAAAUGAAGAAGAGGACGAUGAGACCAACGAAAAGACAAUGAUGUACUAUGUCAAUGACGGAGUGUAUGGUUCCUUCAACUGUAUCCUCUACGACCAUGCUGAAUGCCUCCCGAUUUUGCACACGAAGCCAAAGCCAGAUGAGGCCAUGUACACGUGCAGCAUCUGGGGGCCGACCUGUGACGGCCUGGACCGCAUCGCCGAGUACUGCAGCCUGCCUGACCUGCAGAUGGGAGACUGGCUGCUGUUUGAGAACAUGGGGGCCUACACAGUGGCCGCCUCCUCUAACUUCAACGGCUUUGCAACUCCAGACAUCCACUAUGUCAUGUCCCGCCCUGCCUGGAAGUGCAUGCAGCAGAUCAACACCCAGGGCAUGCCCGCCCCUGUGGAGGAGGCCGGCCCAGCCUGCGUCGCAGCCAGCUGUGGCAGCGAGAGCGCGGUGGAGCUGCCCGCUAAGCUCCACCAGAACCUCCUGGCCUAACCAGCCGACACCAGCGGUCCCAAUACCUCAGCGUCCUGUGCCGUGUUCCAAUAUCCAUACUAUCCGUACUAACUAGCCUUUGUUUGAGUACGUAGGGCGUUCCAAUUCAGAUCGGGUGAAAAUAAGUGUACUGAAAGGACUCGGAUGGUGUACUCAAAACGAUCAAAUCGUCAAGUGUGGAUCAAUGUACAUUUUUGUACUCAACGGCAGCCAUCUUAGCUACGUAGCGGAAGAGGGCGGAACCAGGCUGAACCAACGUCAGCGCUCUUUCCCCAUAGCCUGCAUUAAUCAUUUUGUAGUUUUUAUAGCUGCUAGGCGUUAAGAGUUCACCAUUCAAAGCGGGAUGUUUAUUGCGGGGGAGGAGCCGUGGCGGCAGUCGUGAUCGUAAUUUCCGGUUAGUGCACCACGGAGUAUUCGAUUCGGAACAACACUGACAUCUAAAAAAUUUGCGCACUUAGUGAGUACGGAAAGUGUACUACGUUGAAGUGUACUCAUGGAAGCAUGGAUAUUGGGAUACGGCAAUGGUGUUCUUCUUUACUAAGUGUACGUUCAUUGAAAGGCCAGUAAGAUGCAAGGGUGGGAGGGAGUGCUUAGGUGGACCUGUUGGUGUACUCGGUUCUGUAUGGAAGGUGGGGAGCAGCGCUAGUCCGCUAUGUAGUGUGGACUUAAGUUCUUGAGUAACGUAGCAUUCCAACAAGGCUUCUGCUAAGCGGAAUUUGAGGGAAGAGGUCUUUGUAGUCCCAGCUCUGGGGCUCACAAAAUAUCACUGUGCCGCCCAUGCCGUUACAGAUCAACUACUUGUGACAUCGUAAUUGGAUGUUAUGUCUGUAUGUUUGGGGGAUCUUAUGCGUCAAACUUUGGAUCCUGUUGAUCUGAGAACCCUCCAUUCCAUUAAGAGGGGGUCUUCUUUCAUAUCAAGAACUGCUGCUACAUGAUCGUUUUCCAGGAGGUUUUCACUUCUGUCCAGAACUGAUUAAAUAUAAAAUAUAGGGACUCAAAUGGCAUACUUUCUUUCUGUUAUUUUUAAUGAUUUUUUUUUUCAACCGUAGUGAUCAUGUUAUAGCCAAAUGAUUAACAAUACAUUUUUAAAUGGAUCAAUGGAGAUGGGAUUGCAUUUAUAUCGCUUUCCUAUGGAAAUUUGAGAAUUUUGUAUUUCUUUCUAAUAAAUGAAAAAACGGCAUGUGUGAUACUUUAUUCCCUGAUCAUGUAUAAACUAAGAAGUCGUUCCUCAUAACAAAUUUAAUGAGUUAAAAAUGGGGUAAUCUGUGGAGGGACGAUUCGGUUCCUGUCGUUAAACUUUCUCCAGGCCAAUACAUUAUGUAGACUCCGAAAGCAAUAACGGGUUUCCAGAAGCAAAGGAAAAGUUAUCCAUUUAUUAGCCCAGUGUAAAAUAAAUUAACAAUUCAGAAAAAAAUCAUAUACUCAAUGAUAUAACCCAACUCUCUUUACCACAAUUCAAUUGACGCACAGUAAGUUAAAGUAAAGCAAGCCAAUCAUGUAAAACCAGUGGUCGCUGGUGGAGCCAUACAGGCCCCACUGAAGGAGGUGGGCACAAAUGUCUUUAAUGCCACUUUGUUCUUAUACAAUCCAAGUACUCUGGUGUGACUGAACACUGCACCCUUCAUUCUUUCUGAUAUAUAGCCUUACACAAACUUUUAAUGUCUCAAUAUUUAUCAGAAUACGCUGUCCUUAAGCAUAAACUGAUUUAUAGGUAGUGGCAUAUAAUGGGAAGCAUGCUUUAUUCACAGGUAUGGAAAAUAGUGAAUUGGCUGGACUCAAAAUACUUCGUUUUGCUGACAAUCUCUGGAAUUUCAUUGCUGUAGGAAACGAAUAAGAGGAAUCUGCAGGGGUGUAACAGUCUUAAAUACAGGCAGGCCCUGGUGUCUCCUUUCAGCUUUCCAUUAAAUAAACCGUUCUUUCGUUUUCCCUCAGUGAGUGAAAUAAUGCAAAUUAUUCACUUUAUUUUGGUUAACCAUGAUAGCAUUCAGAAAAUAUCUGCUUUAAUAACAUUUUAUUCAUAUUGUCGAUUAUUUUUGAAAGUAUGCUAACUAUCCUGUAUCAAUGUAGGCUAUAUGACAAACUUUUAAAUUACACCAUUGAUUUUAAGUCUAAUCCCUCACACACAUACAGACCUCUGAAUUUGU